AUGGAUUCACAAAACGAUCCCCAACCAGUACAAGACAAUAAUAUGAAUACACAUACACACACAAACUUAAACGGAAGCACACACUCGUCAGUUCAAAAUAUUGACAAUGACAUUCGUGUCGCUGUCAUAGGAAACGUUGAUUCAGGGAAAUCUACAUUGGUCGGCGUUCUCACUCGUUGUAUUACAGAUGAUGGUCGUGGAUCUGCUAGAAGCUAUGUAUUUAAUUAUAAACACGAGCUCUCUAAUGGUCGUACUUCGAGUAUUUCGCAUGAAAUUAUGGGAUUUUCUCCAAACGGCUCACAAGUUUCACCUGAGCACUUGACAGAUUCUAAAAACAAAACUUGAAACUAUAUUGUCGAAAAUUCUAGUCAUGUAGUUACGUUUUUAGACUUGUGUGGACACGAAGCAUACUUAAAGACCACAAUUUUUGGGCUUGUAGGGUUGAUGCCUGACUAUGCUAUGAUUGUGAUAGGAGCGAAUAUGGGACUUACAAGAAUGACAAAGGAGCAUAUUGGCCUUGCAUUAGCUUUGAAAAUUCCUAUGUUUUUUGUAUUCACGAAAAUUGACAUUGCCCCAGAAAAUGUUUAUAAAGAAAAUAUUGCUUUGCUGACUAAAGUUAUCACAAAUCCAGCCGCAGGAAGCAGACUUCCUUUGCACAUAGAUGAUAGUACUGAUGUCACUGAUCUUUGCAACAUGAUGGAGGCAAGAGUUUGCCCAAUCUUUACUGUUUCUAAUGUUACUGGACAAGGAAUAGAGAAGUUGAGACAGUUUAUGUUUAGAUUGGAAUCAAGGACAAUGAUAAGUGGAAUUUUUGGAAAAAAUGAUGACCCAGUUGAAUUUCUAAUUGAUGGCGUCUAUAUGGUAACUGGAGUUGGACUUGUUUUAUCUGGGAUUCUGAAGUCUGGCACUGUAAGACUUAACGAUAAUUUGAUGUUGGGUCCUGAUAAAACUGGCCAAUAUAAAAGCAUUACUGUUAGAGGAAUCCACAUUAAAAGGGUUGCAGUUGAUUAUGCAAUUUCUGGGCAGUCAAUUUGUUUGAACAUAAGAUCAAAUAACAAAAAGGAACAAUUAAAGAGAAAUAUCGUGAAAAAAGGCAUGGUAGCAGUUGAUAGAGCAUUAUGUAUGGAAACUGCUUGGGAAUUUGACGCAGAAAUUGUGGUUCUGCAUCAUGCAACUACUAUCCGGCCUAACUAUCAGCCAAUAGUGCAUUGUGGAAUUGUAAGGCAAGCUGCAAAAGUGAUGAGCAUGAAUAAAGAACUUUUAAGAACAGGUGAUACAGCUCUAGUUCAUUUUAGAUUCAUGUUUAGCCCAGAGCUCAUCCAUCCAGGGAUGACAAUCUUAUUUAUUCCCUCUUUUAAAUUAAAAUAUAAUAUGGAUAAAUUUCAUUUCCGAGUAAUUUUCAAAAUGAAAAUUUUAUGGUGCAAAUAAUAAUUUCUAAAAAUAUUAGAUUUUGCAUACUUAAAUGAGAAAGUCCAAAGUUGGCAUUAUGAAUCGAUUGAUUUUAUAAAUGAAUUUCUUCAUAAAAAUAUACUCAAUUUAUAUAUUUUUAUUUUUAAUAAAAUUUAUAGUAUAUUUUUUAUAAAAAAUAGCCGCUAAUUGGAAAAGAAUUUUUGGCUCCAAUUUAAAGGGGAUUUAGAGAAGGCAGAACCAAAGGACUUGGUGUCAUUUCACAAGUUUAUUCUAUGAGUAACUAA